AGGCGUGUUUUGUCUAGUGUUAUGCAAAGUUGAAGUAGCUAUAUAACUCCACUUAAAAAUAAUUAUCCAGCUAACUAGCUAGCUACCAAAAGAUGUCGUUUUACAGAAACGCCGUUUGGUUCGUUAAAGGUCUUCAAGAAUACACAAAAAGCGGAUAUGAAGAAGCAGCUAAGCAGUUUAAUACUGGGGACCUGGACGUAAACCUGAGUGGCAGGUCUUUUGUAAUCACUGGGGCCAACAGCGGCAUUGGAAAAGCUACAGCCCAUGAAAUAGCCAAAAGAGGAGGGAUUGUCCACCUGGUGUGUCGUAACAAGGAACGGGCACAGGAGGCGAAGGAGGAGCUGGUGGAACAUAGUAAAAACCAGAAUGUCCAUGUUCACAUCGUUGACAUGUCCAGUGCAAGACAAGUGUGGGAGUUUGCAGAGAGCUUCUCAAAAAGCAACAGCAUUCAUGUACUGAUCAACAAUGCAGGGUGUAUGGUAAACCAGAAAGAGCUGACAGAGGAAGGUGUAGAGAAGAACUUUGCUACUAACACUCUCGGUACCUUUAUCCUAACCACAGCGUUGAUACCAGCCCUGAAACAGGCACAGGACCCACGAGUGAUCACAGUGUCUUCAGGGGGCAUGCUGGUCCAGAAGAUGAAAGUAGACGACCUGCAGUCUGAGAAGGGGACGUUCGACGGCACUAUGGCCUACGCUCAAAAUAAAAGACAACAGGUGAUACUGACCGAGAGAUGGGCGUCCCAGCAUAAAGAGAUCCAUUUCUCAUCAAUGCACCCUGGCUGGGCUGAUACUCCAGCUGUCCAGUUGUCCAUGCCUGACUUCCAUGCUAAGAUGAAGAACAAGCUGCGUACGGAGUCAAUGGGGGCCGACACGGUGGUGUGGCUGGCUGUCUCAGCAGUGGCCUCCAACCAGCCCAGUGGACUCUUCUUCCAGGACCGAAUGGCGGUGCCCACACACCUUCCGCUGGCUUUAUCCAGGUCCUCUCCGGCCGAUGAGGAGAAGCUGCAGGCAAUAUUGGAGCAGCUCGCACACAAGUUCAAACCUUGACCUCUCCUACAGCGGUCAAAAGGUUAUGAAUAGACAGACCCUCAAGCCCAUGUGUCCGUUGACAAACACUCCUCAUUAUAGAUAUGCACUGUAUAAAGCGGACAUAGGGGUAAUAUUUUUACAACUAUUUUCUAUUUAUGAUGAUAAUCUUUAAAUUGAUUGCUUGCUAUAGCUAAGAUCAAAGUGUAGCCACACAGAGCAUUUCAGUGGGUCAUGUUUGGGGUAGAGGCCUUCACUGGUCGUUCUGAAAUGGACCUGGGGUUUUCCCAUCCAGACCUGAAAUGCAUGAAUUUGUAAAAAAAAAAUAUAUAUAUAUAUAGAAGCCCAUUCAGUGAGACAAGCAGCAGAAAGGUCCAUUUUUAAGCUACUUUAUUAACUGGAGCUGAUAAAUUACGUAGUACCUGUCUUGACUGCACCAAACCGGGAGAAGAUAGCUAGGCUAAUUGAGGCUGCAUGCACUUUCUAGUCCAACACAUUUACAAACAACAAUGCCUCCAGUCCGCAGGAGGUUGGUGGCACUUUCUCUUCCUACACAUUUACAAACAACAAUGACUCCAUUCCACAGGAGGUUGGUGGCACCUCAUUUGGGGAGAACAGGCUCGUGGUAAUGACUGGAGUGGAAUGGUAUAUAACACAUGCAGCGGCAGUUCUAGCUUUGUAUGGCUUGCCCCCCCCCAAAGAAGCACCAUCCUGCACAAACCACAUUUUUUAUCAUUUGGAACACCACAAAUAAAUCAUCCUAACAUUUAAAACUAUAAAUAUACAAAAAUAAGACUCAUGAAUAUCAAAGAUGAGUAGAAACCAAUUGUAGAAUAUAAAUAGAAAAUAAAAUUGAAUUAUUACCCUAUUGCUAACAAAAAACACAAAUAAAACAAAAUUGCACAAAUCCUAUUUUACACAUAGAAUAACACACUUAUAAAGAAGAGAACCUGAUUAUUUCACUUCAAACAAUAAACACACAAACUAAAUUGCACAACUAGUUGUAUUAGUACUGUAUAAAGUUAGAGGUGUGCUAUUUGAUAGGGGGAGCUGGGGAAUCUAUCUCGGGCUUCCAGUAGGGAGACCUGAAGUCAACCUACCUCCGCCCCCUCCCCAUCUUGUACUUCUGAGUGUGAAACCUUCCCAGGCAGUUGCCUGCCUAGCUCACAAACUAGAAUCAGGGCACCCACUCCCACACGGUGACAUAUCAUUGACGUGACGUGCAAAUGAGUGAUAGAAAACCAUUCGCGCAAAUGUCACCAUUCAAAUUAUUAUUAUUAAAAUAAAAUUGUGCGGCUGCCCCUGGCAAGAUGCUGGCCAUAUCGCCUAUGCCUAAAUCCGCCACUGAACACAUGGUUUCCAGGUGUUUGAUGCCAUUCCAUGCUCUGUUCCCAGUGGCGGUUCUAGACCAUUUCAACUGGGGGGGCCAUGCUGGGGCCAGUUACAUUAGAUGUUAUUGUUGUCAUCGUUUUCUUCACUGCAUUAGCAGGCAAAAGACCAUGUUCAUAAUCAGCAUCGUUGCCACUGUCUAAUAACGGAUGUAAAAAAAGAACGAUAUUUAGAGGGGCCACAAGGGGGUCCAAAAUUGUUGUCACGGGGCACUGCCCCCCCAGAACCGCCACUGUCUGUUCCGGCCAUCAUUAUGAGCCGUUCUCCCCAAAGCAGCCUCCACUGCUCCAUUCAGAAUAUAAAGUCGCAGCCUACCUGUGGACUCUUCGUCGUUGUAGCCUAUCCUUCUCCUUUUCACUUAAUUCCAUUUUAAUUCAAUCUUCUAUUGAUUAGGUAUCUCCUAACUUUUGCCCCACGCGGAGGCUCUAUGACUGUAGCCUAUUACCGCUUUGAUUACUUAUGAUUGGCCAACAACAAGCUACAUGCGCCAGUCUCGUGAAUAAAUUAUACCAUUUCUCUCUCUACUGCAGCAGUCGAGUUCAGGUCUCUAUGGGUCAUUCUGGACAAGUCAGUUAACAUUACACAUAACCGAGACCAGUGACAAUCGGAUCCAACCCAGACCCGUGACAUUAUUUCGAAUUCUGGAUCUGGACCCGUUCGGGUCCUGGAUCGGGUAUCAGGAAUUCGGGUACAGGGGGAUCUGUGAAGACCUCUAGUUUGGUGUCAUUUGAUGCUUCAUAACGUUUUACACCAUACUACUUCCCUCAAAUUCUUCUACAAAGGCUUUUCCAUUAGCUUGAAUGUUGCAUACUACGUACAGCUCAGUGGACCUUCCAUUUCAGAACGUGCUCUAGCCAGGCAGCUGGUUUAGGUUGAUGGAUGAAUAAAUCAUGUUUUACUCAGAUUUAGCAGUGUUUACCAUCCACAGCAUUUUUACUCAAUCAAAUUUUAUUGGUCAUAUACACAAAGGUUUUCAUCAGGGUUUAACAAGGGCUCAUGUUCAAAGGUGCUUCUGGCUGUUGUCAGCGGUAAUAGUGUCAUUACAACUGUUUUGUAUUCUGUUAUUAUUAGUUUACUGUACAACCAAAACAAACAGUCAGUCUUUAUAUUUGACUUGUCCAGAGAAUCAUUGAGAUACUGUUCUUAAAGCUACAUGUUGUUUGUCUUGUUUUACGUGGUUUAGUACUUUGACAUACUUUCUUUAAAAUUAUUUUAUCCUUGUUAAUCAAACCAGGACCUGUGAGCAGAAAUGUGUUUUAUUAUUAAGAGCACAAAUAAAGCCAAGGCUAUUGAGCUUUUUAUUAACAUACCACUGUACACACUCUAGUGUAGAAUGUCCAGUGCAUUAAAGUCAGUUAAUCAACUUCAAGUAAAUAAUAAAAGGCACCAAUACAUAUUUAA